AUGCCUGCCGCAAUGCUGGCUAACCCCACAACCUCAACUUCGUUACGAAAAUCAGCAUCUUCGCUUGCGCCAGAGAAGAAAUACAAAUGCCAGUUCUGCAACCGUGCGUUCAGCCGUAGUGAGCACCGGAGUCGUCACGAAAGAUCUCAUACUAAAGAACGACCAUUUCAAUGCCUAAAAUGUCGGAGUACUUUUGUGAGGCGCGACUUGCUUCUUCGCCAUGACCGAACAGUUCAUGCAAAGGACGGAGGUGUUCCACUUCACAGCGACGUAAAGCGACGAGCUGGUUCAAAGCAAACAUCAAUGUCUAGUUCCGCAAAAUCUGCGAUCGCCAUAGACGCUGUAGCUCUUGAACAAAUAGAAGCGAGUAGCGAUGGACUGGUAGACUUAGAAACAGCCGCAAUGUUGAUGACUGAUCUCCACCACAAAGCAACAGCUGCAAUGCGGAACGCCAAUAUUGAGACAUACGAAAAUAGUCCAGACCUGGCUGUUUCAGGUGCGUCUAACCUGAUGGAUCUAUCACUGAUUGCUCAUUAUUCAGAGUCUGUUUCCAUUCCUCGCCCACCGUGGGAAUUUUUAGCCGAUUCCGUAUCACGACCAGCGGCUAUAUCAACAAGUCCAAAUAUCUCAGCCUCACGGGAUCCUUGCUCUCCACUCAACAGCACUUGCUCCAACUCUACAGAAAAUUCUCGACAUAAUGCACCCCACAGCGCGACUGACCCUUAUUUUAGUCGCUCCGGAGUAAACCCAGCGGUAACGGACGAUCGAUUGCUAGAAUUCGGAAAAGCUUUGCCAUAUGAUUCACCUCAGAAACUACCCAAAGAAAUUGCAAGUAGAAUCAGAAUUUCAAGCGAAGAAGAAAGGAUUUUGAUACUUGACAAUAUUCUCAACAAUGAUAACGAUAAUGCAGUACCAGAUAGCUUCCGUCUUCCCGAGCUGGCCUCCCUGAAUGAAUACUUGUCAACAUAUUUCGAACAAUUUCACCACCAUUUGCCUUUUCUACAUCCAGCUUCAUUUGAGCCUACCAAAGUAUCCACUUCCUUACUGCUAGCAGUCUUAUCGAUAGGUGCCCUUCACGCUUUUGAGCAACAACACGCCUACAUAUGUCAUAUUGGAUCUAAAGUACUUGUCAAUCAAUUUCUUCAGAACAAGGAAAACUUUAGCUCUAGAAAAUGCCCCCUGUGGACCAUGCAAAGCUCACUCCUCAAUAUGAUUUUCGCUAGCUGGAGUGGUGAUCCUAAGGGUUUAGAAUGGGCAUGUUCCAUCAAAAGCUUAUUGGCAAAUAUGGUCGCUGGUAAUCGGUAUGAACUCAAACUUAGGGUUGAAGCUCGUGAAGGCCAUAUGCCUAGCCCCGCAGAGUGGGUGGAAGAUGAAGGCUGUAGACGAACGUACUAUGCUGUCUACAUUUUUUUUGGUCUCUUAACCCUGACCUACAAUCACACCCCAGCCAUAAGUUUUAAUGAAUUUGAGGACCUCUCCCUCCCGUCCACUGAAGACAUGUGGAACACGACAGUAAAAGAGGAGGUUUGGGAUGAAAAUAGAACAAAUUCGGUACCAAUCCCUUCAUUUAUGGACGCUCACGACAACCUCUUUCAAGGCGAGACGUUACGCUACAGUGCAUUUGCAUCGCGCGUUAUGAUAAAUGCUUUAUUUCUAGAAGUCUGGUAUCAUAAGCGUAGUCCUGAAGCUCUUCAGGACGUCGUCACGGAAUAUAAGCUCCGACUGGCGCUAGAGUCCUGGGAAAAAUCCCUAAGUCUUUACGAAUCCGAGCAUGAUAAUGCCAAGCAUUGUGUAUCCCACAGAGAGCAUCCACUAAUUUUUAACGCUAUGGCUAUGUUUCGGAAUACCAGGGCCCGCCUCGAGGUCGACCUCAAAUCAGUUCAAGAAGCGCUUCGCUACCAUAAUCCAUAUGAGGUAGCCGCUGCCAUGUCUAACGCGAGGGAUAAGGUCAAGCGAACGAGUGAAAUGCUGAAGGUGAUUCAAGAAUGUUUUAACUGCAUAGAAAUUGCGUCGCUGCAAGGUAGUCGUUCAAUGAGCCGCAUAUCUGCCACUACCAAUUGGAGCGUUGAACAUCCGCUAUGUGGUCUCGAUCUUAUGGUAAUCCUCAGUCUUUGGCUUUAUCGUUUGGAAAACGAUGAAGAGCCUGCCACUGACGAAGAGAUGGUUAUGUACAAUAAAAUUCGAAUGCUACUAGACGGGAAUCCAGACGAAAACUACGGGCCAAAGCUCAGCUCUAUUGUUGCUCGAUUUUGGGGAAGCUUGCUUGAUGAAGCAGUCGUUUGGGGAAUCACCAGGUUAAUGGGAGAUUCUUUCCGCCUCCAUUCUCAAGCGCUCAUCGGCUAUGAGGAUGAGAACGAUGUGUCAAACUUCUCUACACCUUCAAUGACAUCCCAAGGCGUUGAUGAAAAUGACGAUUGA